UCCCCACCCCCCUGUUCCUCCCGAGAAUUCAAGAUCCGAAUAUCUUAAUCCAAAUUUUCUGCUCCCAAGUACCCAAAUUCCGUUCGCUGAAUGCACUAGAAACGCAAAUGCAAUCCAGAUGAGAAGAAAUCCGCAAUGUCUAGACUCCGCCCCGAUUCCGCCAAUCCGCCGCCGGAGGAGUCGCUCUCCGAUGACAAAAACUCAUCGGCGGCGUCCAUCAUCAAGCUCCGGAAAAUCCCUCCGAUUCCGACGAGGCAGAGGGCCAAUGUCGACGAGAGUGAGGGUUUUGAUUUAGGGAGCGGCGACCCGAAUAUCAUCGAGCCCUCGACCCUGGGCCUCAAUCAAAUCAGGACGCGUUCAGGGCCGUUGCCUCUCAAGACGUCUAGUUCCCUCGGAACUUCUCAUAAUUUUCAUAAUUUUGAGAGUCAAGCAAAAGAAGGUAGAAGGGGCCAUUUGAAUCAUCAUUCAAAAUCGCUGAGAGUUCUUUCACCCAGUAGGUCGGGGCCAGAGGGUUAUAAUGCAGCUUUAGCCAAGGAAAUGCAAUCUCCACGUUUCCAGGCUAUUCUGCGUUUAACCAGUGGCCGAAAAAAAAGAGUACCAGACAUUAAGAGCUUUUCUCAUGAACUUGAUUCCAAAGGUGUCCGACCACUUCCAUUUUGGAAAUCUCGCGCCAUUGGUCGCAUGGAAGAAAUUAUGGUAAUGGUACGCUCGAAAUUUGACAAAUUGAAGGAUGAAGUUAAUGCUGACUUAGGCAUCUUUGCUGGAGAUUUGGUGAGUGUACUUGAGAAGACUUCAGAUUCUCAUCCAGAUUGGAAGGAGUGUUUAGAAGAUUUGUUGGUAAUAGCUAGACUGUGCGCAAAGAUGUCUCCUAAUGAGUUUUGGGCAAAAUGUGAAGGCAUUGUACAAAGUUUAGAUGAUCGACGUCAAGAGUUGCCUAUGGGCACACUCAAGCAAGUGCAUACCCGCCUCUUAUUUAUCCUCACUCGUUGCACUCGGCUUGUUCAGUUCCAAAAGGAAAGUGGUUAUGAAGAAGAUCAUAUACUGGCUUCACACCAGCUUAGCGAUCUUGGAGUAUACCCAGAGCGGACUUUUGUGUCAUCCCUGGGUGCAACGGAAGGUGUUGACAGGCAAACUUAUAUUGUCCAAGAACCAGAAAAAAGCAGCCUGGUUAACAAACAAAACCAUGCAACUGAAGAGGGUGACACUGCAAAAAGUGUUGCUUCCUCUGCAGGAAGUUUUAGGAUGUCAUCUUGGAAGAAACUUCCAUCUGCAGCUGAAAAAAAUAAAAAAAGCCACGACUCUGGUGACACUCCUAAGGAUAAAUCUCAGAAGUUGCGGCAGGAGAAAGAAGUAGAGAGUCCUGAGAAUAUAGAAACUCCCAUCUGUCAGGCAGAACAUGCUGCAGAACCCUUGAAAACAGAAAGAGUAACAUGGGGAGUUUGGGAUCAACACCAUAUGGCAUAUGAGGAUUCAUUGAUCUGUAGAAUAUGUGAAGUCGAAAUACCAAUAGUCCAUGUAGAGCAGCACUCAAGAAUUUGUACAGUUGCUGACAGAUGCGAUUUAAAAGGUUUAACUGUAAAUGAACGGCUUGAAAGAGUUGCUGAAACUCUUGAAAAAAUACUUGAAUCUUGGACCCCAAAAAGCUCAGACACGGGGGUAAGAAGUCCUGAAGUCGUGAGAGUGUCUGCAUCAAGUGCACAAGAGGACUUGGGCGAGUUGUCACCAAAAGGAAACAAUUUGUCUUACCGAUGUUCUGAAGACAUGAUGGACUGUGUUAAUGUGGCUGAUAACUCUUUUCUUGUGGAUGAACUUCACAGUUCACUGAAUGUAUCAUGUCCAUCACGAGCUCCACCAGCUGAUCAAAGUAAGAAAGAAUCAUCAGCUGGGAGCUUGACCCCUCGUUCACCUUUAAUAACCCCACGAAUGACCCAGAUAGAGCUUCUGCUGAGUGGACGCAAAACAUUAUCUGAAUUUGAAAGUUAUCAGCAGAUACAUAAGCUGCUGGAUAUUGCUCGAUCUGUAGUAAAUGUUAACAGGACUGAUUACAGUACAUUGGAGUAUAUGAUUGAUCAGCUGGAUAACCUCAAGUAUGCCAUUCAUGAUAGAAAGGUGGAUGCUCUUGUUGUUGAGACAUUUGGGAGGCGCAUUGAGAAACUAAUACAGGAAAAAUAUGUAUUUCUAUGUGAUCAGAUUGAUGAUGAAAAGGCAGACUUACUAAAUAAUGUGGCUGAUGAAGAUACUUCGGUGGAGGAAGAUACAGUUCGCAGUUUGCGUGCAAGCCCUAUUAAUCCAUGUACGAAAGAUCGAACAUCCAUUGAAGAUUUUGAAAUAAUUAAGCCUAUAAGCAGAGGUGCUUUUGGACGAGUUUUUUUGGCUAGGAAAAGGGCAACUGGUGACUUAUUUGCAAUAAAGGUUUUGAAGAAAGCUGAUAUGAUUCGCAAAAAUGCAGUGGAAAGUAUCUUAGCUGAACGUGAUAUCCUAAUAUCAGUUCGUAAUCCUUUUGUGGUCAGAUUUUUCUAUUCUUUAUGGAGUACUUAAAUGGAGGAGAUCUUUUCUCUUUGCUGAGAAAUCUAGGCUGCUUGGAGGAAGAUAUGGCACGUGUUUAUAUAGCAGAAGUUGUACUUGCUUUAGAGUACCUGCACUCCUUAAAUGUCAUUCAUAGAGACUUGAAGCCAGAUAAUCUGCUGAUAGGUCCUGAUGGUCACAUCAAGUUGACAGAUUUUGGGCUCUCCAAAGUUGGUCUUAUAAAUAGCACCGAUGACUUAUCGGGUCCAUCUGCUUUUCUUGGAGUCGAUAAACCAAAAGCGACAGUAAACUCAUCUGUGAAAAGAGAACAGAGGAAAAAACAUUCUGUAGUUGGCACCCCGGACUAUUUGGCACCUGAGAUACUUCUCGGCAUGGGACAUGGUGCAACAGCUGAUUGGUGGUCAGUGGGUGUCAUCCUCUUUGAGCUGCUAGUUGGUAUUCCGCCUUUUAACGCAGAACAUCCACAGCAAAUUUUCAACAAUAUUAUAAACAGAGACAUACCCUGGCCCAAGAUACCAGAAGAAAUGAGCUAUGAAGCAUCUGAUCUAAUUAACAAGUUGCUGAUUGAAAAUCCAGUUCAGAGAUUAGGUGCCACUGGAGCUGGAGAGGUUAAACGACAUUCCUUUUUCAAAGAUAUUAAUUGGGACACUCUUGCGAGGCAGAAGGCAGCAUUCAUACCUUCAGUUGAUGCGCAUGAUACGAGUUAUUUUAUGAGCCGAUAUAUCUGGAACCUUGAAGAGGAAAAUAGAGGUAGUGAUGUAGAUGACAUGACUGACACAGGCAGUGCAUCCUGCAGCAGCAGUUCAUACAGCAACUUACAGGACGAAGAUGGGGAUGAAUGUGGACAUUUAGCAGAUUUCGUUGCGCCCUCCCUUGACAUGAAUUACUCUUUCAGUAAUUUCUCAUUUAAGAACUUGUCGCAGCUAGCUUCCAUUAAUUAUGAUUUGGUUACGAAGAAAUCAAAUACAGGCUGAAGAACCAUCUAUUCCAUAACACAGUAUGUCACUUUAUAAGCUGAAGACCUGUUUUGGCAGCCAGCCCCAGAAACUCCUGUUGUAAUUGCCUCAAGGAUAGUUGAGAUGCCAAAAUGAACUUGGUUGCCUGCUCACUGAGAUUACGCGAGCCAUAUAGUGUAAGAGCUACACAAUCCUAAAACGAAGAAUGGACUGUUGCAGCAAACAAGCCUUGAUCCUCCCUGUGCAUGUGAGAAGGUGGAUGCUCAUACUUUAUACACUGCAUAAAUCUUACUUUAAACCCCCCCACCACCCAGCCUCCUUGUAUAUACGGUAUUUUUUUGGUAGACGUGUUUUUAAUGAUAAACUCCACAAUUUGGACUUAGGUCCUUUUUAUUUCUUUGGAGCAGUUGGAAUUCCUUUGUGUUCAUAUUAUUCAUGUAAAAGAUGAAUAAGGCAGUUUAUAUGGGAUGAAUCUAUUGAAAUCCUCAUACUUGUGAUUUGUCAUUGGGAUAAUUAU